AUGAGAAUCUUAAGUGAAUUGUUUACAAUUGCACACAAAGGAACACACAUGUUAGACUCUCUAUUUUGUGUCACAUAUCAAUCUAUAGUCAUGAUGUUCCUAAUAUAAUACUUUCUAUUUCUAUUGAUAGAACAUCACACAAAACUUAAUCAUCACAUGAGUUAAUCUUAAGGGACACAAGACAUUUUUUAUGGAUAAGAAUAGAGGAUGAGUUUACUCAACACACCUUGUAUGGGUUAUGAUAGUUAAGUGGUGCUAGUAAGAAUUACUUGAAAUAACCCCAGGUAUCCAUUGUGAUUUUAUCACUUUUUUCCUCAAUCUUAGCAAAUGUGUGAAAAAUAUAAUUUUUCUUCCUUAUGUUGUAUUAUAAUAUAUCUCAUAGCUUUCAAGCUUACCUCAUCUAGUUGAUCACCCAUAUAGUUUAGUGAAAUAUCUUUUCUUAUAAUGUAACCCACAAAACCUCUGAUAAACUCAAAUUUAGGUUUUUAUAGUCGUUGUUAUGCUUUGAGUUUAUACAAAAUAUUUAUAUUUAUUUUUUUCUCGACUGAUUUAUUCUCUUAUUGGAAUAGGCCAAGUAGGGGGUCGAUCCUCAAGGAAAUGGGAUUUAUAUUUCUAAUAUGGUCUAAGCUAGAGAUAUUGGUAAGGGAUUAGAGAAAUAAGAUGGAGAGGAGAGAGUAAUGGAAGAACGAGAAUCUUGAUUUUCGUGAUUGUGAGUUAUUCCAAGAAAAUCAAGAUUCUGAUUUUAAAACUUAGAGAUAUUUUAGAUGCUUAUACUUAGGGCUUAGGGGAAUGAUUUGAAAGAGGAGAAGAUGAUGAAAGAUAAGAGGUUCAAGGAGAUCUUGAUCUUCCUGCAAAAAUAAAGAUAUAUACGAUCUCAAGAGGAAAGGACAGACUAGGGUUUGAUUUUCUGAGGAAUGGGAAAGAAGAUAGGAAGAACCAAUCUUAUUGGAUACCAUAAGAUAAAACUAUGAAUUUCAUGAUCUGAAGUGCAUACCUUGGGUCUGUAUAUUUUGCCCAGACUAGGCGGUUUCUCCAGCAAAAACACACUUGAAAGAUGAAGAACAAACUUCACAAUAAUUCACCUCCAUUCAAAUUUAUCAAUCUGGAUCUUAGGAAAGCUUUUUCCUACGGCCAGCCUCUGUUAGGGCAAUCUUUAACAUAAUGUCAAAAGAAAAGAAAAAGAGGUUUUAUACACAUGGAUGCAUUUCUCAAAAGAACCCUCUCCCUUUUCCUAUUAUCUUCGCAUGCCUUUUCUCCUUCCUUCCUUUUCUUGGGUGCCCAUUAGAUCUCAAAUUUAUGGCUCAUCUUAGAGAGUGAGGUUGAGGAGAUAUUGGGUUGGAAUAGGUUGUGCUCCCCUCUCUUCCUUCAAGCCUUUCUUGACCCAAAGCACUUUGCAUGAUCUCUAAGGAGAUAUUUUAGUUGGCAUCCUUCAGACAAGAAGUUUUUUUUUUUUUUAAUGUACUGCUCUAGAGGGUUGUGUUGAUGAAUCGAAGUGAGCUUUUCGUUGCCUUUUUUUCCCAUGUAAAUCUUUCUUUUGGAUCCACAGAUUUAAAAUAUUUUUGAAUACCUGAUUUCUAAGGGAAAAAUUCCUGAUUUUCCCUUUUCUAGAUCUAAAAAAAAUUCUCACAUAAAAAUACGUAUGCACAUAAUUCAAUCAAAAUCUUACCCAAUUAAAUACACCCUACCCAUAAACUGUUUUGAAACGCAAUUUAAAUACAUCCACAGAAAUUUUAGUUGGCACCCUACGCCAUUUGUCCUUUAUUUUUCUUCACAUCUGACUCAUCUCUACUUCCAUCUGCCUGCACUCAUUUCGUUCCUCAUCAUCAGCGCCGUCCCUUCUUGGUAUUGGUAGCCGGUCAUGGUGUCAUCAACAUCAAUGGUGACUUUGCGGAUUCAUAGACUCUGAAAAAAUGCACAAUGUAUAUUUGGAAAUGAUACAGAGAUAUGAGCCCAUGAGAUCCAUCUGAUGGAGAUCUGACCGGGCUCAUGCCACUGGCCUGCAUUGACCUCUCUCUCUAAGAAAUGUCUGCAUAAAUUUUCUGUUAGUUCAAUCUGUCAAGGGUCCAUUCGACACCAACUGAAGUUCCACUUAACUUCAACAUCCUAUCCUAUGUGUUUUUUAAAUCUUAUAUUGUAUGAUAUUUCCUUGAUUUUAUUAUAUUUAUUCGACUGAGACGAUCCCUUUUUUUUGUUCUGAACUAAUCCAGGUGGUUUCCAAAACAUCAAUUGAGACAGAUGUCCCGGUGACUCUGAACUAUGGGAGUUUGACCAACGACUUUUUUCUUCUCGAUUACGGAUUUGUGAUCUCCUCAAACCCGCACGACCAUGUGGAAUUGAAAUAUGAUGGAGUUCUUCUGGAUGCUGCUGCUAUCGCUGCAGGAGUACCUUCUCCGAGCUUCUCAUCCCCGACCGAAUGGCAGAGAGAGAUUCUAUCCCAGCUCAAUUUACAUGGAGAUGGAGCUUUUCUCAAGGUCGCCUUCUCCACUUCACCAACACCUGUGCAUGCUUUCAUCCCAUGCCAAGAAUCUCCCCUACUUCCAUCCUGGGAAAUUCAGGCAUAUGAGCAUUUCUGUUUCUGUCCAUUUGAAAACCGGAUCCUGUCACAGCUGCCCAGCGUCUCCUUAAAGAUGUUACGACCGUUGACUUCUGCCCUUUUGGUACAGGUCAACUUGGGAGGUGAGGAAAAAGUCGACGGGCGUCUGCUGGCCGCCUUCAGGGCUGUCCUCUCAGACGACCGAGAAGCAGCUCAAAAGUCUGAUCUAAGCACCUUGAUGUCACUGUCAGCUGAGGCUCCCCUGGGAGCCUCAGCUGAGGGUAAGGCCCUCCGUACACUCAUUGCCCUCUGCGUCAUCUCUCUGCAGCACUUCCCCACCAAGAUCAUGGAGGAUGAAUCCAUUCUGAAAGGCGAUAUAUCGGAGUCAACGAGAUUAGCAGUGGAGUUUAGACUGCAGAAGAAAUUAAUGAUUGUGGAUUUAAUGCGAGAGCUGACUAGAAGAGUCAAGGUGCUGCCAAAAGAAGCUUUCCUCAAUCGGUAA